GGAAAAGAAAGAAAUAGUGGCCCUUCUCAGCGAUUACGCCGUCAAUUCGAAUCACCAGGACUAAACACCACCUUACAUAACAAUAUGACGAAAUUCCGGCCGUGCAUUGAUCUGCACUCGGGACAAGUGAAGCAGAUUGUCGGCGGCACUCUGAGUAAUGUCGAGUCUGAUCUGAAGACGAAUUACGUAUCCAAGCUACCCGCUAGUCAUUAUGCAGGGUUGUAUGAAAAGCACCGUCUAACGGGCGGACAUGUUGUCAUGCUUGGGCCAGGCAAUGACGAAGCAGCAAAGGAAUCGCUCAAGACAUGGCCGGGAGGCUUACAGGUUGCGGGAGGGAUUACGGAUAAGAAUGCGCAAUAUUGGAUUGAUCAGGGCGCAGAGAAGGUCAUCAUCACAUCCUUCCUUUUCCCAGAAGGUAAAUUCUCUCUAGAACGCCUACAAUCAGUGCUCUCCUCGCUAGGCGGCGACAAAUCCAAGCUCGUCCUAGAUCUCAGCUGUCGCCGAAAAGACAAUACCUGGUUUGUUGCCAUGAACCGAUGGCAAACAAUAACCGAGAUGGAGGUGAACCAGGAAUCGAUCUCCCUCCUUGAACCCUACUGCUCGGAAUUCCUCAUCCACGCUGCAGACGUCGAGGGCUUGCAGCAGGGCAUUGACGAAGAACUCGUGGCGAAGCUAUCCGAGUGGUGCUCGAUACCCGUGACAUAUGCUGGAGGUGCGCGGAGCCUAGAAGAUCUCGAAAAAGUUCACGCUAGCAGUCGGGGUAAGGUUGAUUUGACUAUCGGGAGUGCGUUGGAUAUAUUCGGUGGCUCCGGGGUGACGUUUGAGGAGUGUAUUCGGUGGAAUAAGUCGCAUUGAGUUUUCUAUACGGCUUGAGAGGAGGUUAUGAUAAGCUGAAGUGGGGAAGAGAAAGGGAAAAGAAAAGUUAUGAAUGCAAUGCAAUGUAUAUCCAUCCAUCUUCUUUAGAAAAUAGAGGAAUAGAUAGAUACCGGCCAAUAUAUAUGUCACAAC